UUCGGUCCUCGCGCUUUGUGCUCGGAUGCUGCUCGAUGCGCGCGCUCUCCUCCAUCAGCACCAGGAUCUGUGUGUGUGUGUGUGUGUGUGUGUGUGUGUGUGUGUGUGUGUGUGUGUGUGUGUGUGUGUGAGCUGCAGCACGGCGGAGUCUCAGUGCAGGAGAUUCGGAUAAAAAGCGGAUUUUGGGCGCAGUGACACUGCAGAUUCAGAUACGCCGGAGGAUCGGGGUUGCCAGAUCACGUCGAGUUAAUCUUUAAUAAGAGCGCAGCGUGUUGUUAUUAUUGUUCUAGGGUCAGGACACCUCCGUUUUCUUUAUGCAGAUGUGUUUCAUGAUUGUGUAGUGUGUGAAAAUGUGUAUAGGGUACGUGUGUAUAUAUAGUGUGUGUGUGUGUGUGUGUGUUCUGUGCUAUUUAAACACUGCGUUAUAAACUCCAGCUCCUCACUUCUGGUUGCCAAAUUUUGACAACUCUAUGGUACACUAAUAAUUAAUCGUAUUAUCAAUCAAACACUCACGCACACACACACACACACACACACACACACACACACACACACACACACACACACACUGUUUCCGGUUUAUAAUUGUCAGAUAAUUUAUAGUUCCGUGCAUAAAGGGAGGUAAACUACCAGUAAAUCUGGCAACCCUCCACCGGGAGGGAGAUGGAGAGCAGGAGACAAGCAGACCCCGGGCGUCCAGGUGAAGAGGGGACAGCUACAGUGAUGACAUCAUCACCAGGUCCUGAAAAGAAAACGAAGAUAAAUGGCCACGCCUCCCAAGCUCACCAAACAGCCAAUCAGAACAGCCCAACUACUGUUGAACAAAAUAAAAUAUUGACUCCGCCCUCUGUGACAGAAAAGAAGCCAUUGACCAAUGGGCAUGCUUCACCUGUCCGCCACCUGACCAAUAACAUCACACACGCAGGAACCCAGUGUGUGGAGACUCUCCUCAAAACAGAUGACAGGAUGAGACUGGCCAGAGAGAGACGAGAGGAGAGAGAGAGGAGUCUGGCGGUGAGGGAGCAGGUUCUGAUGGAGAAGGAGCGUCGCUCUCGUCUGCAGUAUGAGAGAACGAGGGAGGAGAGAUGGAGACGUUUAGAGGAGCAGAAACAGAGGGAGGAGCAGCGCAGAGCCGCAGUGGAGGAGAAAAGGAGGCAGCAGCUCGAGGAGGAAAAGGAACGUCUGGAAGCUCUGAUGAGGAAAUCAAUGGAGCGAAGUCUUCAACUGGAGAACAGAAACAAACGUGGGACCUGGGGAAUAAAUGGACAGAGUGACUAUAACCUCCCCCAUGACCACAUCACUUGCUUUCCUGCUACCAACGAAUUAGGCGACGUCCAUCAUGUUCACAUGACCUCUGUGGAUAACCUGUCACUUCAUCGUCUCUGUACACACACACACUCCUCACUCGCUCGCUGUAGCAGUGACGCAGAGCUGUGUGUGCCCUGUCCACGGUGCACAGUUCCCUCCAGUCCUCACAGGUCGCUCUACUGCGCCUCCCCGAGCCGUCGCCGUGCCAACGCUGCUGCCAUGGAGACGGGUGGGGCAAGUUCAGCUCCCAGUACCCCGAAGAAGGACAGGUUGCGUAUAGAGAGAAGGACGCCGACUGGAUCACCUGUGAGACGAGCCGAAUCUCCUGCUGAUGUCAUCCGGCGCACUGCAUCACCAAAGUUGAUUCCUAGGAGUCGUACUCAGUCUCCUGCUCCGCUCCAUCAUUACCCCCCCUCCCCGCUGAGACAUACCCCCUCCACCCCUUCCACCCCCCUCACUGACGAGCAGCUGAGCCCUAAAAGGCCAACCCAGAAGGUCAGAGGUCACGAGCUUGGGACCGAUAAAGCAGAGAAGCACAGACCUGCAAAGAGAAGUCCAGAUGUGAGCCCAGGACAUUCACCUCUGACCUCUGCAACGACCGUCGCCACAACAACAGGGGGGGGAGACGAGGCGGCUCGUGUUCUAGCAGAGCGACAAAACUUUGAUCUCAUACAGAAGGAUCAGAAGGACAAGGACAGGUUGAAAGCUGAGCAGCUGAAGAAGAAGCAGGAGGAGAUGAAGAGAAAAGCUGAUGAAGAGAAGGAGCUACAGGAGAAACAGGAAGUGGAGAGAGAGGUGAUGAAGCUGCAGGAGGAGCAAGAGCGACAACAGAGAAAAAAGAGGAUUGAGGAGAUCAUGAGGAGGACCAGGAGGAGUGAUGGAGAUGUGAAGAGUGAGAAAAGUCAGGAGCUUCAUUCCCCUCCGUCUCACACACACUCGCACACGUCAUCUCCUCCGGGUGAAGUCCAGGUGAAAGCCCCGCCCACUGCUGCACAGGUGAAGCCACACACACCUGAAUGCAUCAUCAAGCAGCAGCAGGGUGCAGAGAAGAGUUCACACACACCUGCACAGGUCCUGCACAACACACCAUCACUAAACUCUCCUGAGCACAAAGUGACCGCUGUAAAGGUGAACAUCGCGCCAGUGUCAUCUCAGAGAAGCUCACCUGUGAGAGAGAAACAGCACACUCAGGGGAACAAGAUCAGUUCAUCAGAGAAGCUUCCGGAGAUCUCUGCUCAAAGCCAGAAGAAUCAUCUUCCAGUCAAGGAGAGAGCACAGGGGACAGACCUGAAGAUCAACCAUGACCUUUCACAUGUCAUCAAACAGGAGACUGGUGAGCAGAAACCCAGUUCCUGCUCUGAACAGGUAAACAGCCAGGUAAAGAGUCCUACCUCCCAGCAGGUGAACAGCCAGGUGAAGAGUCCAACCUCCCAACACUUGAACAAUCCAAUGAAGAGUCCAACCUCCCAGCAGGUAACCAGUCCAAUGAAGAGUCCAACUUCGCAGCAGGUAACUAGUCCAAUGACAAGUUCAACCGCUCAUCAGGUAAACAGCCAGGUGAAGACUCCAACCUCUCAGCAGGUGAACAGCCAGGUGAAGACUCCAACCUCUCAGGAGGUGAACAGCCAGGUGAAGACUCCAACCUCUCAGCAGGUGAACAGCCAGAUGAAGACUCCAACCUCUCAGCAGGUAAACAGCAAGGUGAAGACUCCAACCUCUCAGCAGGUGAACAGCCAGGUGAAGACUCCAACCUCUCAGGAGGCGAAUAGCCAGGUGAAGGCUCCAACCUCUCAGCAGGCGAAAAUCCAGGUGAAGACUCCAACCUCUCAGCAGGUGAACAGCCAGGUGAAGACUCCAACCUCUCAGCAGGUGAACAGCCAGGUGAAGACUCCAACCUGUCAGCAGGUGAAGGGUCAAACCUUCGAGCAGGUGAACAGUCCAGUGGAGAGUCAAAUGUCUCAGCAGGUGAACAGUUCGUUUGCAACACCAACCUUGGAGCAGCCAACUCCCCAGCAAGUGAGCAACCCACUAUGGACUACCUCACAGCAUGUGAACAGUCAGGUAAAAAGAUACACUGCUGAAUACACGAACAGCUCAAUGAAGAGUCCCCCUACCCAGCAGAUGCUCAGCCUGGUGAAGAGUCCCCCUUACAAGCAGGUGAACAGCCCAGUGAAGAUUCCUCCUACCCAGCAGGUGAACAGCCCAGUAAAGAUUCCUCCUACCCAGCAGGUCAACAGCCCAGUAAAGAUUCCUCCUACCCAGCAGGUUAAUAGCCCGAUGAAGAGCCCUCUUACCCAGCAGGCGAACAGCCCAGUGAAGAGUCCUCCUACCCAGCAGGUGAACAGCCCAGUAAAGAUUCCUCCUACCCAGCAGGUCAACAGUCCAGUAAAGAUUCCUCCUACCCAGCAGGUUAAUAGCCCGAUGAAGAGCCCUCUUACCCAGCAGGCGAACAGCCCAGUGAAGAGUCCUCCUACCCAGCAGGUGAAUAGCCCGAUGAAGAGUCCUCCUACCCAGCAGGUGAACAACCCAGUGAAGAGUCCUUCUACCCAGCAGGUGAACUUUUCAGUAAAGAGUCCCCCUACCCAGCAGGUGAACAGCCUGGUGAAGAGUCCUCCUACUCAGCAGGUGAACAGCUCAAUUAAGAGUCCUCCUGCCGUGCAGGUGAAUUGUUCGGCGAAGAGUUGCCAUUCCCAGCAGGAGAACAACCCGGUGAAGAGCCCCCCUGCCCAGCAGGUGAAUAGUUUGGUGAAAAGUCCCCCUGCCCAGCAGGCGAACAGCCUGGUGAAGGUUCUAUCACUCAGGAGGAGCUCAGCCUGGUUAAAAGCCAGGUGAAGAGUGAGCAAGCAAAUGGGAAGGUGAGCUCACAGGUAAAAACUGUCAUGACAUCAUCACAGGUGACAUCAGAAAAAACAUCGAGUAGCCCCACCCCCCUCAGCACACUACUUCCAUCACAGCUCCCACCAGCUCACAGUGACUUGGAGUGUCUAGAGAAAAGUGGUGGGGCCAGAAAGGAGUCUGCUGAAGAGGUGCAGUUGAUAGAAGUCAGCACCGUGUCCAAAGAGGAACUCGUCUCAAUCCCCAAGUUCUCACCAAUCUCUGAAGUUCAGAGCGUCGUGAACAAUUCACAAGCACUGGAGGACCUGCUGGACCUGACUGGUCAUGUGACGUAUCCAAUAAUGCCCUGCAGCAGCCCACACGGAGACCGCAACAAAAACGUGAUCGAAUCAAAACAGACGUCUACCACACUGAACAUGAGGAGCAGAAAGGAAUGAGCGGGUUCUUUCAGCACCUCUGCUGCUACGUGAACACUAGGCGUGUAAAGAGUCACAUAGAAGACAGAUUAACAUGGCAGAGGUAGAGCUGCAACUUCCUGGAGACACAACAGGAAAAGAACAUCUGGUUCUAUUUCAUCAGUUUGUUACACUAUAACAGCGUGUGUUUAAAGGCCAUGAGUUAGAAGUCAGAAGUAAAUUGAUGAUUUGUUGUCUGUCUGAACCCCAGAAAUAAAAGUGAACUUUCUGUACCAUAAUGAAUUGCAGGGCAUCAGAUUUUUUUUCAUUGUGUUGAAUUGGAUCGUAUCAGUAACUGCUACAUGUGUAUCUUUAAUAUUUUAUAUCACUGCCUAUAAGUUGAUGUGCAUUACUUUUCAU